UAACUUUUCAUCUCGCCUCUUCAAAUACCUACUUCGACUACCAUUCUUAUCACACUAUCUGUCCUCAGACUCAACUCUCGUUUCGUCCCAUUCUUCCUCCGACAUUAUCUACGUCUCACUUCCCACCCUCCCCGAUUAUCUUCCCGUCGGUGAGGCGUUAGCUCUUUAUUCCUUAUCGUCUGGCUAUGCCUCGUUUGAGCUGGGCCUAAUUCCCUCGUUCGCCUUUAUGUGUCAACCUCACCGUUUCUCUUAUACAAAUCCCAUUUCACGUCAUGGAGGUCCAAAUGGUAGCCUGCGCACGGGCAAAGCCUUCUUCAGCAACCCCGCAAUCCGUACUUGAGAGACGGAAGCGGGUUCGCCGACCGCAUCACCGAGGUUUUACCGGCUGUUCGACAUGCCGUCGACGUCAUGUUCGCUGCGACGAGGCGUCACCUUCGUGCAAGAAUUGCACUCGCUUGGGUCUAGCAUGUGAUGGCACACAAGGACGGAUGACCUUCAAAGUCUAUGCCCCACCUCAGGCGCCGGAGUAUUCGUCCUCGCCAGCAAAGAAACGAGAGGCAGAGAAGCCUAUCUCGCAUGUUCUGAAUCCCACCGAUGGGAAAAAAUUGAUCAGAAUUGAACCCGGCGAAGAGGACCAAUUCUACGAUGCGCUUGUAAUAUCCCCGACCACGAUCCCGGAAUCGAAGCCGAUGAAAUAUCGAUUCCAGGAGCCCAUUUCGCCAGCCGUCUUCAUGUCGUUUUCAUUAGAUUGUGUGGAUGGCCGCUAUUAUACUCAUUUUAUCGAUGGUGUGGCAACCUUGCUGCUGAUCUACGACAACUCUAUCAACAUUAACCCUUUCCGACGAUAUUUUCCCGAAUUGGCCCGGGCAUCGCCAAUCACGGCAAAUGCCAUGCAAGCACUGGGAGCAUUACAUCUCGCAAACACUUCUAGAGGUCAACAACGGCGUCUACACUUUCAGCGGGCUAUGGGCAAAUAUGGAGAGGUGGUUAAGUCUUUCCGCAGUCGAUAUACACAGCCUGUCCAGAACCUGCAGUUGACAGACCUCGCUACUUGUUUAUUACUGUCUUUUUUCGAAAUGAUGGACUCCCAGAACCAUAACUGGAAAAUUCAUCUGAGAGGUGCUCGUGAGAUUUAUCGUCUACUCUUCCUCCCGAAUAGUGACCGAGCCAAAGAGGCGCAGCGCCAAGCCGAAAUGAAUCACCCCCUCCGAUGUUUUCUCGUUUCUCUCCUUUCUUACCUUGAUGUCGCAGGCGCUUGUGCCACUAGCGAAGGGACUGUAGUCGAGGGCAGCUAUUGGAGAACGCAUGGUGGCGGCUGGGAAUAUAACCUGGGUAUCCCAAGUUUGUCAGCGAAUACAUCUGCUGAGAAUCCCCUUCUGGUGGAACUUCGCCUGUGUUGGUCUCAGAUGAUGGAGAUUCAAGCCGCCAUCAGUUCUUUUGGGAAGGCCAAAAGCGAGGGACAGAUGCCUUCUGAGCAACAAGACUUGUUGUACCAGGUUCUGAUGGGGCGCCUGGUUCAGUGGCGGCUCAAUGCUCCCAAAUGCAUCCAAGAAAUUGGCGAACUAGAUGACGAGAGCUUGAAGCAAUAUCCCUACCCGCAAGUCUUGGAAUAUGCGGGCUGUAUUGAAUCGUACGAAAAGGCGACCGUUGUCUACUUGCACAAGGUCGCAGCAGCAGACCGCCCAGACCGUGUCCCCCAAAGAACCCUUCUAGAAAUGCUUGCGUCGCGAAUCUUAAAUCUGAUUGGGAAACUUGCUAAAGAUGUUGGCCAACUGGCAGUUCUGUGGCCUUUAUUUACCGCGGGACGCGAGACUCGUAAUGUAUGGGAGCAGAAAUUCGUGCGGGAAACCAUGAUUAACCUACAACGGUUUGGAUUCAAGGUACGGCACAAUGAUUCCCCAGUGCUAGUGACGUGAAUACUAAUCGUUUCUUCACAGAACGUUGAAAAGGGCCUCGAAGAACUAGAGAAGGCUUGGUUCAAGCAGCGCGCAUUCCCUGAGGGGUGGAUAGAUAGGAUGGAGGACGUUAGGUGUUCGAUCCUCCUUCCAUAAUCUCGCGUAAAAGCACUCGAUACGACUAACGAGGCUUUCAUCCAUCUGGUACAGCCUGUGUACCAGAUACAGAAGACGAUCGUAUCGUUUGCUACCCACACAACCUCCCUCUCAUGGUUGAGGGUGGCAUUUUCGCAAUCUUUGGUAAUGCAUUAGCGAUGUUGGAAGUCUGUAUUCAGAUGAAGUGAUAAGUCUGUCGUUAGGGUGCGGACAGCCACCCAGCAGGGCCGGAGCCGAUAAGUCUGAUUCGUCGAAAUGCUAAUAAUGUUGGGAAUAUCCUGCGAGGCUAAUCGCUAC